AUGGGUGCUAUUGAGAGAGCUAUGACGCCCCAAGGCACUGUCGGUGACGAGAUCAAUGACAAGGAUGUCAAGCACAUUGACCAGGCAGCGCUAUUCCUUGCGAGUGCUGGUGAUGCACCAGUCUUCUCUCCAAAAGGUGAGAAGAGACUGAGACGCAAAAUUGACUUCAUCAUGUUGCCAAUGCUUUUUGUGACCGCUACACUGGGAGCAGUAGACAAAGUUGCUCUCAGUACCGCUGCUAUUUACGGACUGGAGAUUGAUAACAACCUUCAUGGACAGCAGUACUCUUGGCUCGGUUCCAUAUUGUCUCUGGGCUCUCUUGUGGCCAUGUUUCCGUCGUCUGCCCUGUUGCACAAACUUCCGUCAGCCAAAUACCUCUGCGGCUGUUCCAUUGGUUGGUCUGUAAUGGCCCUUUUGAUGCCCGCUUGCCACAACUGGUCUGGUCUCAUGGCAAUCCGUUUCUUCAUGGGAUGCUGCGAAGCUAUCAUUGUUCCAGGCAUCUCGUUGUUGAUUGCCGGGUGGUACAAGAAAGCAGAGCAACCCCCAAGGAACGCCUUGGUCUUUGCUGCUGCUAGUUCCAUUGUCAACGGUUUCUUGUCUUGGCUGGUUGGAAAGAUACCCGGCGACGCACCUCUCGCGAAAUGGAAAUAUCUGUACAUCUUGGUUGGGUCAAUAUCUAUGGCCUGGUCGAUCUUCGCCUUUAUCUUCCUUCCGGAUACCCCUAUGAACGCCAAAUUUCUGUCAAAGGAAGAAAAAGUAUUCUGGGUGCAACGUCUAGCUGAGAACAAGACUGGUGUUAUGAAUAAAACCUGGAAAUGGGAUCAAGCAAUCGAAGCCCUCAUUGACCCAAAGACGUGGAUCAUCUUUUUCUUCAACAUUGCCAUCAACAUUCCCAACGGCGGUCUCACAACCUUCAGCGGAAUCAUCAUUCAAAAUCUCGGAUUCUCUUCAGUGAACUCGUCAUUGCUUUCCAUGCCUACUGGUGUGAUGUCAACAUUGGCAGCGUUUGUCUUUUCAACGCUUGGUGCCAAAUGGAGUAAUCGUCGUUGCUUGGUUACGAUGUGUGCAUGCGUUGUACCCAUAGUUGGAACAGCCAUCCUCUAUGCUGUUCCUCGUACGGCGGUGGGCGCCCAAAUGGUUGGUCUUUACUUGGUCUACACGUAUUUCGGACCAUACGUUGUUGGUAUAUCUCUCGCCCAGGCCAACACAGCAGGCCACACGAAGAAAAACGUUUCUUUCGCUAUAUUGUAUAUUGGCUACGCAGUAGGAAACCUCAUCGGGCCCCAAACUUUCCGAGCAAGCCAGGCACCAGCUUAUACUGGUGGAGUUAUCGCUAUGUUGAACAGAAGAUCUGCAGCAAAACCGGACGACGAUGAGCCUUGGGAUAGCUUCCAGGACAUUACCGAUUGGAAGCAGGCAGAUUUCAAAUAUACCACCUAG